GCCAUGUUUCUCCUUAUCUUUCCUGAAUCACACUGAGUGGCGGCGGGCAGAUGAGAGAGAUUCACCCCGUCACCCCGCAUCCACACCAUCCUCCUCCUCCUCCUCCUCCUCCUCAUCUUCACCCCGUCAUCAUCAUCCUCUGACGGACUUCAUCCCGUGCGUAGGACUUACUUUUGAGGAAUUAUUAAUGGGAAAAGGACUAUGGAAAACUAAGCGACACUCAAUCGGUGCCUUGGAGAACUUCGCGAAACUCACUUUUUGCGGACAUAAACACAUUUUAUCCAUCUUUUCCACACACGUAAUGCCUAAAUGUCACAUUUGGGGGGCGUGUCAUGUUAUUUUUGUUUGUUUUGAGGAAAAUUCUCUUUCAGGAUGAGAUCAAAAUCUGUUAGCUUGCUAGCCGAACGUCUUUAUUAGCCUGAUCGUUAGCAUCAGUUAUAUUAACCCGUUAAAGUUGAACAAACUGGGAAUGUUUUUAAGUCUAUAUACUUGACAUGGUUUGACACUAGUACUUGUUAAUAUUAAUACACGAUUUUUUUUGUAUUUAUAUGAGAGAAAAACAGUUAAGAUACAUUGUGUCGCGAGAAUGUUAGCUCGUUAGCUUGAGUAGCUACAGAGAAGGCACUUAAAUGUAUGUAAAUUAAUAGUUACAAAACGCAAGAGAUAAAUUACAGUUUUACACAAAAGUGCGAGGUCUUUUUGGAUGAAUGGCUUAAAUUGUCCCCCUCAUUUGGUGGUUUGUUGGUCACUGAGUACAUAGUACAUUAAAAAGAUGUAGUGAGAAGUUUUAUUAAAGUAUGAAAUAAAAAUUAAUUUUGAGUUUACUGCAGUUUUGUGACUGCAUUUUUCUGUGAUGAUGGGUGGUUUAUAUUUAUAGCUAUUUACAGAUCCCCUCCAAAGAGUAAUCGCGUAUUUGUAUCUAUUUUAAUAACAUUACACUACAUAUUUUGCACUGACAUUCGAUUUGAACCAUGUCUGGAGAAGUGCGUUUGAAAAAGCUGGAAAAACUGAUUCUGGAUGGUCCUGUCCAGUCCAAUGGACAGUGUUGUAGUGUGGAAACUCUUCUGGAUGUUCUCAUCUGCCUUUAUGAUGAGUGCAUCAACUCCCCACUCAGAAGAGAGAAGAACAUUGCUGAGUUUUUGGAAUGGACCAAAUCGUUCACUUCUAAAGUGAAACAGAUGCGAUUGCACAAGGAGGACUUCGAGAUCCUGAAGGUCAUUGGGCGAGGAGCUUUCGGCGAGGUAGCAGUUGUAAAGGUGAAAAGUUCAGACAAGGUGUUUGACAUGAAGAUCCUCAACAAGUGGGAGAUGCUGAAAAGAGCAGAGACAGCAUGUUUCCGGGAGGAGCGUGACGUGCUGGUAAAUGGAGACUGUCAGUGGAUCACCAGACUGCACUACGCCUUUCAGGAUGACAACUUCCUGUACCUGGUGAUGGACUACUACGUGGGUGGUGACCUCUUGACUCUUCUCAGCAAGUUUGAGGACCGUUUACCAGAAGACAUGGCUCGAUUCUACCUGGCUGAGAUGGUUCUAGCAAUCGAUUCUGUGCAUAAGCUCCACUAUGUCCACAGAGACAUCAAGCCAGAUAACAUUCUGCUGGAUGUGAAUGGACACAUUCGACUGGCAGAUUUUGGCUCCUGUCUUAAACUCACGGAGGAUGGAACGGUGCAGUCCUCCGUCGCUGUGGGCACACCAGACUACAUCUCUCCUGAGAUCCUGCAGGCCAUGGAGGACGGGAAAGGGAAAUAUGGCCCGGAAUGUGACUGGUGGUCACUGGGCGUCUGCAUGUAUGAGAUGCUGUAUGGGGAAACUCCUUUCUAUGCCGAGUCCCUGGUGGAAACGUAUGGCAAGAUUAUGAACCACAAGGAGCGGUUCCAGUUUCCUGCUCAUGUGACGGACGUCUCUGAAAAUGCCAAAGACCUGAUCCGUAGACUCAUCUGCUGCAGAGAGCACAGGUUGGGUCAGAAUGGCAUUGAGGACUUCAAACAGCACCCUUUCUUUUCCGGCAUUGACUGGCAGAACAUCCUCAAAUGUGACGCCCCCUACAUCCCUGAAGUCAGCAGCCCAUCUGACACAUCAAACUUUGAUGUGGAUGACGACUGCCUCAAGAACACGGAGACAAUGCCGCCUCCUUCCCACACCGCCUUCUCAGGACACCAUCUCCCAUUUGUAGGUUUCACCUACACCAGCAGCUGUACGCUGUCUGACCGUGGUUGCUUGCGGGAGUCUGCUGCACCUGCGCAAAUGGAUGUGUCCGUGCAGCGCGGCCUGGAAGACAGUCUGGCUACUGAGGCGUACGAGCGGAGGAUCUGCCGUCUGGAGCAGGAGAAGCUGGAGCUCAGUCGCAAACUACAAGAGUCCACAAAAACAGUUCAGGCGCUGCAAUACUCCAGCGGGGACGGGCCUGUUUCCUCCAGCAGAGAGUUUGAGAUCCGUGGACUGAAGGAGGAGAUAGAAAUGCUGAGGAAACAGAUCGCUGAUACAGGACAGGUGGAGCAGCAGUUAGAACAGGCCAGUCCUGCCCGCAGGGAUCUGGACGACUCCUCCAAACAGAUCCGAUCUCUGGAGAAACAGCUCAAGAGCAUGAAGCAGGAGAGAGAUAACCUGCAGAAGAGUCUGCAGGAGUCCUCAGAGAAGCUGAAGACUCAGGGGAAGGAGCUGAAGGAGGCGGACAGCCAGAGGAAAAUGGCCAUGCAGGAGUUUGCCGACGUGAGCGAGAAGGUGACAGAGCUGCGGUCAUACAAGCAACGGCUCUCCCGACAGCUCCGGGACAAAGAAGAGGAGAUGGAUUCCCUCAAUCAGAAGGUGGAGGCGCUGCGGCUAGAAGUGCGCAAAUCUGAGCGGGCCAAGAAAGAGAUGGAGGCCCAGGCUGAAGAGUUUUCUGCUGAGACUCAGAAAGAGAAGAAGCUGAGGGAACGCAGUGAGCAGUACAGCAGACAGCUGGAAGAGGAGCUGGAGGGAAUGAAGAAGAAGCAGGUGGGCCGCUCUCCAAGCGUUGGGUCAUCUGAGCAGCACAAGGAGCUCAGUAAAUUACGAGCAGACCUGGAGAACAAGAUCGCUUCCUAUGAGGAAGAGCUGUCACGCCGAGAACAACAACAUGCCAACGAACUGAAGAACCUGAAGAAGGAGCUGCGGGAGUCAGAGGGACAACAGCUCACCUUAAAGAAAGAAAUCAUGAUGCUCAAAGACAAGCUGGAGAAGACCCGCCGAGAGAGUCGGAGCGAACGAGAGGAGUUUGAGACCGAGUACAAACAGAAGUACGAGAGAGAGCGAGUGGUGCUGUCAGAGGAGAACAAGAAACUUUCCAGCGAACUUGACAAGAUGAUGUCUUCAUUUGAGAAGUUGAGCUGCAGUAACAAACAGCUGGAGGAGGAGAUGAGAGAACUGGCUGAUAAGAAAGAGAGUGUGACCCACUGGGAGGCCCAGAUCACAGAAAUCAUUCAAUGGGUCAGUGAUGAGAAAGACGCUCGAGGUUAUCUGCAGGCUUUAGCCACUAAGAUGACAGAAGAACUGGAAGGCAUGAGGAACGCCAGUCUAGGUGCACGUGCUACUGACAUGCCAUGGAAGAUGAGACGUUUGGCUAAGCUGGACAUGUCUGCGCGUCUGGAGCUGCAGUCUGCACUGGAUGCCGAGAUUAGAGCCAAACAAACCAUCCAGGAUGAGCUCAACAAAGUCAAGGCGUCACAUAUGGCCACUGAGUGCAAGCUGGAGGAGUCAGAAAAGAAGAACCAGGACCUGCAGGCAGAGAUCCAGAGGCUGAAACAGGAAACUGAGAGUCUGCGCACGUCCAAAGGGGUCAAGCACCAAGACUCCCAGAAUUCCUUCUUGGCAUUCCUCAAUGCUCCGACCUCGGCCCUGGAUCAGUUUGAUCAGGUAGAUCAGCCACAACGAGGUGCACAAACUCCCAUGAGGUCUGGAUACAGUAGCUCUGGUCACAGCACACCUAAACCAAAAGCCCAUCAGUUCAUGGUGAAGACCUUCAAUACACCCACUAAAUGUAACCAGUGUACGUCUCUAAUGGUGGGAAUUAUCCGACAGGGCUGUACGUGUGAAGUCUGUAACUUCUCCUGUCACGUGACGUGUGCGGACAAAGCUCCUGCCGUGUGUCCUAUCCCACCGGAUCAAACCAAAGGACCGCUGGGUAUCGACCCACAGAAGGGCAUCGGCACAGCUUAUGAGGGCCAUGUCAAGGUACCCAAACCAUUAGGUGUGAAGAAGGGAUGGCAGAGGGCCAUCGCUGUAGUCUGUGACUUCAAGCUCUUCUUAUAUGAUCUCCCAGAGGGCAAAGCUGCUCAGCCUGGUGUCAUAGUGAACCAGGUCAUUGACAUGAGGGAUGAGGAAUUUUCUGUUAGCUCAGUUUUGGAAUCAGAUGUCAUUCAUGCGAAUAGAAAGGACAUUCCCUGUAUUUUUAGGGUGACAGCAUCACAGCUCUCUGAAUCCAGCAAUAAAAAGUGCUCCAUCUUGAUUCUGGCUGACAGCGAUCAGGAAAGAACCAAGUGGGUCGGCCUCCUGAACGAGCUGCACCGUCUCUUGAAGAAGAGCAAACUGAAAGAACGCUUUGUUUACAUCCCUAAAGAAGCAUAUGACAGUGCACUGCCUCUCAUCAAAUCCACACAGUCUGCUGCUAUUAUAGAUCAUGAGAGGAUAGCCCUGGGCAAUGAGGAGGGGUUGUACGUUAUUCAUGUUACCAAAGAUGAGAUUAUCAAGGUAGGAGACAAUAAGAAGGUCCAUCAGAUUGAGUUGAUCCCAUCCAAACAGUUGAUCGCUGUGAUAUCGGGCCGAAACGGCCAUGUACGGCUUUACCCAAUGGCGGCCCUGGAUGACCGUGAGGCCGAUUUUCAGAAGAUAGCGGAGACCAAAGGCUGCCAAACUCUGGUUUCGGGCACGAUCAGACAAGGAUCUCUCACGUACCUCUUCGUGUCCAUGAAAAAACCUGACAAGGUGAUGAUCUACGAGCUCAACAAGAGCAAAACACGCCAUCGGAAGCUGCGUGAUAUCCUCGUCCCGGGAUCCGUGCAGUGGAUGGGUCUCCAGGGCGACAAGCUUUGCGUGGGCUUCCAGUCCGGGUUCCUGCACUAUAAUCUUCAGGGGGAUGGAACUACCUCUUACCUCCUCCACCCUGACGAUCACUCCCUGGCCUUCAUCGAGCAGCUGAGCCUGGACGCUCUCUGCGCCGUGGAGAUCUCUAGUAAAGAGCUGCUCUUGUGCUUCAGCAGUAUCGGUGUGUACGUAGACUGUCAGGGCAGACGGUCACGACAACAGGAACUGAUGUGGACGGCUACGCCCACCGCAUGUCGUUAUAAUGCACCUUAUCUGUCAGUGUAUAGUGAGAAUGCAGUGGAUGUAUUUGACGUCAACACUAUGGAGUGGAUUCAAACGAUGCCUUUGAAAAGGGUUCAUCCUCUGAACGCUGAUGGCUCUCUAAACUUGCUGGGGCUGGAGACCAUACGGCUCAUCUACUUUAAAAACAAGACAGCAGAGGGAGAUGAGCUGGUGGUGCCAGAGACAUCUGAUAACAGCCGCAAACAGAUGGUGCGCAGUAUGACGAGCAAACGCCGCUUUUCGUUCCGCGUGCCGGAGGAGGAGAGAGUUCUGCAGAGGAGGGAGAUGCUGAGAGACCCAGAAAUGAGGAAUAAGUUAAUUUCCAACCCAACAAACUUCAACCAUGUGGUUCAUAUGGGCCCGGGAGACGGGAUCCAGAUCCUGAAAGAUCUGCCAAUGAAUGUGCGUCCUCAGGAGAGCCGAGGUGUCCUGGGAGCAUCCGUCAGUAUCCCCUCCAUCAGCAAGGCCAGGCCUGAACCGGGACGAUCUAUGAGUGCCAGCAGCGGCCUGGGCACACGCUCCUCUUCUCAAAAUGGCAGUGCACUGAGACGGGACCUUUACGUUGGCAGCUACGGUUCCACCAAACGGCAGAUGACGUCACCUUCUGAUGGCUCGCUGUCAUCCGGAGGAGGCUUGGACUGCGGGGGUGACGCUCCCCUGUCCCAAUUUGACAGAGAAGACUCAGACUCUCCACGUCACUCCACGGCCUCCAACAGCUCCAACCUGAGCAGCCCACCGAGCCCUUCAUCACCACACAAGAGCAAGACUCGGUCUCUGGAGCGUGGUGAGCACCUGGGCUGGGAGACAUGAGCUCUGCCCCUGCCCACUUCCUUCUGACUUCCUGUGGGGCCCCGAGAAAGUCACGCAUAUACCCGAGACCGAGAGCCGACUCCUUAUACAUCAUAUUCCUAAACACGCCGCUGGGCCCAGGUGUGUGUGUGUGUUUGCGUGUAUUGGUGUGCAUAUGCAUUACACGUGUGAUUGUUGUACACACGCACAUUACUGUGCACCUUACAUCCCUUUUGAGUGGACCCAUCACCACUGUUCCUGUUCCUGUGUUGGAUGGGGGAACAGACCACUGAGUGUAGCUUAUCACCUACCACCACCGGUGUGGACGGGGUCGAAAAUGACAAACACAGAGCUUUAACGCGAAUUUAUCAGUGUUUGUUGACAAGUGUGCCUCAUCUAACACAAGAAAAAAUAUGCAUUCAAAAGUCUUAAUGGGGGGGAUGUUACUUUAAACGCAUAACACUAAACAUCAUGAAAACAUUCAUCGAGGAUCAUGGAAAACUGUUCCUGGCAUUCCAAUCCAUGUGAUAAAACAUGAACACUUCAAUUGAGUUCAGCCCCAAUAGAUAGAGUGGCACUACUGUAUAACUCAGCCUCUACCCUCCAGUGCCAUGCUGACCUUCACAGUCAGAGGUCAGAGUUCAAGAAUUGAUUCUGAGUUCAAUAAUGUAAAUAGAAUUUAAGUAGAGUAUAAUAUAUAAUGAAAUCAACACUAUUCUGUUGUUAAAUAAGUGACUUGGCUUUGAGAGAGUCUUCUUUCCUUUUUAUUUUCCGUGUCAAGGUUCUAGUCAAUUAUGCAGAAAUGUCAAUUUAAGCAUUAUUUUGUCAAGAUAUAUGCUAGUUUUUCAUAAUUCCACUAAAAUUGUCAAGACUUGCAAGGGAACACUACAUAAAAAAAUUGGGCCUCAUUCAUAAAACACAAGAAUAGUUUUUGUGUAAAUUGUUCGUAAAGCCAUUCUUAUGUACAAUUUUCCAUCGAAUAUGACGUAAACAAGCUUGCAGUGAAAUUGUUCAUAAAAACAUUGAUGUGUAAAUUGUUGCAUUAAACAUUCACAUUCAUAAAAUCGGUUUGUAUAUUCUUGAACUGAAAGCAAGGUACAUAAGGCCACAGCGAAUUGUUCAUAAAACAAUUCUUGUAAAUUGUCGCAUUGAAUGCCAGAUUUACAAGCUCGCAAUAAAAGUUUCUAAAACCUUUCUUGCGUAAAUUGCCGCAUUAAAUGCAAGAUUCACAAGCUUGCAAUAAAAUUUUAUAAAACAAUUCUUGCAUAAAUUGUCGCAUUAAAUGCAAGAUUCACAACUCGCAAUAAAAUUUUAUAAAACCGUUCUUGCAUAAAUUGUCGCAUUAAAUA